ACUCAAUUCCACCUUCCAUUAUGGCAACUUUCCUGCUCGCGCCUCCAUUCCCCGCCUGUUCGCCCGCUCCUUGGACGUCGUCCACUGAACGCGGCUCUCACUCGCCUAAAACCGCCAUAUUCCGCCACCGCGUCAACACUUCACGCAAUCCCCUAGGCCGUGCACUUCCGACUCGAGCACGCAACUCCUCGUUCCGCUCUCGCUCCACCUUCCGCGCAUCCGCCCUUCCCCCAGAAUCCGACCCACCUAGUCCGCAACCCCCAGUCCCAGCUAGCACCGCCCCCCAGAAACCACCGUCCCCACCCCCCGCUCAACCAGCCCUGCUGCUUUCGCCAACGUCGGUGGUUACAUGGGGUGGCCGGUUGCCCUCCACGAGACGGCUGGUCCUCGGAGCGUUAGGGUUCGCCGGCUUAGCGCUGGGGUCGAAUUUUCUGGGGUCCACGAGUGCUCUCCUGGGGACGGUGGAGGAGCCUGCUCGGUCAGCCCGGCUGGAUGUGCUAUUUCCUAUCAAGGGGUACAAGCGGUGCUAUGACACUGCGAAUGGAUUCGAGUUCCUCUUCCCAGCCUCAUGGGUGGGCGACCAGCUCCUGCUGUACCGCGCAGCAGAGAGGCGAGAGAGAGAGCUGUCCUUGGACCCGCCUCCCCUCUCCUCCUCCUCCCCCUCCUCCUCCCCAUCCUCGUCGUCGCAAGCACGCAGGGCGAGUGCAGUUGACCCGGUGGUGGCAUUUGGCCCUCCUGGCGGGAAUGGGGAGCUCAACGUGAGCGUUGUUGUGGCUCCUGUGCCACGUGGCUUCAGCCUUAGGAACUUUGGAGAUGCGGAGAGCAUAGGGGACAGGCUCUUGGCCAAUGUGAUUGCACCCGCAGGGUCUGGGAGGGAGGCCACCCUGCUUAAUGCAAGCGAGAAGGUGUUAAGUGGCGUCCUGUACAUAAGGCUGGAGUACACUGUACAAGGUGCUUCAUUCUCCCGUCACAACGUUUAUGUCUGUGCGGUGAAACAAGGCAAGCUGUUCUCUAUGAAUGCGCAGUCACCUGCAGACCUUUGGCUUGAAAAUUCGAGCUCCUUCUCUGUUGUGGCUGAUUCGUUCAAAGUUUUAGGUGACACUAUCGAUGUAGACAUUUAAAAUUGACAGAUUGUCAAGUGGGAGCUGAAUUGGUGUCUCGGGUGUGUCAACCCGAGAAUACUGGUGAGGCAGUUUUACAUUUCUCCAAUGUUA